AUGAACCAAAGGAAGGAAGCCCAAAAGGAGGAUGAGAAGCAGGUGGUGGCCGUUGUCGAGGGGACAGCGACGCUCCCGUCCGCGAGCGACGAGGAAAAAGGCACCGAGACGCAGUUGCAAAACAUCGACCUUAGCGAGCAGCCCGACCCCGGCUUGGCAAGCCCCCUCCAAUGUCCCCCUGUAACCUGGGAUGGCCCGGAUGACCCCGCCAACCCGGUCAACAUGCGGCCGGCGCUCAAAUGGAUCAUCUCCAUCUUUGUGUCACUCGGAGGCUUCGUUACGCUCAUGUCGGGGAGCAUGAUCGCGCCGGCGCUGCCAGCCCUCGGCCUCGACUUGGGUAUGACUGCAUCCGAAGCCGAGUCGGCGCUCUCUAUCUUCAUCCUCGCCUUUGCCGUGGGACCGCUCCUCCUUGCCCCCUUCGCCGAAGUGUACGGCCGCAAGCCGGUCUGGAUCGUGAGCGGCUUCAUCUACAGCGGAUGGAGCGUGGUGAGCGGCUUCUCCCACAACAAACCCACCCUCGUCGCAUCCCGCUUCCUGGCCGGCAUCGGCGGCAGCGUCGACUUCGUCAUCGCCCUCCCCAUCACCAGCGACAUCUGGCCGCCCGAACAGCGCGGCCAAUCCUUUGCCCUGGUCAACGCCGUCCCGCUGCUCGGCCCGGCCCUCGGCCCCCUUCUUGGCGGCGCCAUCGCCGACACCAUCGGCUGGCGCUGGAUCUUCUGGGUCGCCGCCAUCUUUUGUAGCGCCCUCAUGCUCCUCGCCCUGGUCCUCCUCCCCGAGACCUCGCACGCCAAAAUCCUCGGCGACAAAGCCGCCCGCCUCACCGCGCAAACCGGCCGCCCGCACUACACCCAGUUCAACAAAGCCACCCACACCACCACCCUCCCGCGCCAGCUCCUCGUCAGCAUCGCCCGCCCGGCGCGCAUGCUCGCCACGCAGCCCAUCCUGCAACUCGUUUCCGUCUUCAUGGCCUUCAACUUCGGAGUUCUCUACUACCUCCUCGCCACCUUCGCCAUCCUCCACGCGGACGUCUACCACGAGUCCGUCGCCCAGACGGGACUGCACUACAUCGCCAUCGCCAUCGGCAACCUCUCCGCCAACUUCCUCGGCGCGUACGCCAUGGACCGCCUCUGGGGGGUCUUGAAGCGCCGCGCCAACGGCGCCACGGCCCCCGAGUACCGCAUCCCCCUCACCUUCCCGGGGGCCAUCUUCAUACCCACAGGCCUGCUCUGGUACGGCUGGUCCGCAAACGCGCGUCUGCACUGGAUCAUGACGGACGUCGGCGCGGCCAUCGUCGGGUUCGGCCUGCUGCUGCACACGAGCGCCAUGUCGGCGUAUGUCCUGGAUUCGUUCCCGGAUUACACGGCGUCGGCGAUGGGCGCGUCCCAGGUGCUGAGGAUGGUGUGCGGGUUUGUGUUUCCCAUCUUUGCCCCGCCCAUGCAACAGCGGCUGGGCUGGGGUUGGUCGAAUACCGUGCUGGCGCUCAUCGCGGUGGUGUUUGGCGUGGUGGGGCCGCUGGUGCAGUGGAAUUUUGGAGCGAGGAUACGCGCGAUGGGGAAGCCGUUGAGGUGA